GAGGGAAGGAGAGAAAGAGAGAGGAACAGGUAGAGAGAGAGAGAGAGAAAGUGAGAAACUAGGUGCUCUGUAGGAGAGGUUGUGAUUUGUCACAACACUCCACAAAGGACAGUAGAUCUAUCCCAAACAUCAGAGAUAAUAACAGCAAUAUACACGUUUUUGAUGAAUCCAUGUUCCUGUUGCAUUCUACCUGUUUGUUAAGUGGAUUUCUCGAGUCCUCAAACACCAGCACUGACUGAGCCCAACUACUAGGACAAUUACUACAUUCUUUGAGAGCUUGGAGAACUAUCCAAGGACUACCAGGAACACUGUCAGCACACCCAGACCAUCAGCCAUGUUUCAGAAGCAGAGGAAAAGCYUCAAAGCCGUGAGGAGCAACAAGACAGAGGCUAAAGAGAAGGUCCUUUGUAACAAAGCGCAGCAGACGAUAGCMCAGCGAUGUGGAGACCCGAAAGAGGGAGGGAAGGAGGAGAACAUCAAGGAGAACAAGGAGAACCAGCUGAGGUCUCGUGGUGAUGCGGUGGAGGACGUUGAAGAGGUGAAGCCGGCGAGGAAGAGUGUGUUUGACAAAGCUGUCUAUGACCUGGCCCACACGGAGAGGGUGAUGAAUGACCUGACGUUCGGACGGAGGGUGGCCUUCUACGAGCUGAGAGGGGAGAUCGGCUGUGGAAACUUCUCCCAGGUGAAACUGGGCAUUCAUGACCUGACUAAAGAGAGAGUGGCAGUUAAGAUCCUGGAUAAAGGCAAACUGGACAAGAGGUCCCACGUGCUGUUUGCCUCAGAGAUAGGGUGCAUGGAGAGGCUGUCCCACCCCAACAUAGUGCGUCUGUACGAGGUGGUGGAGACGUUUAAGCGGCUGUACCUGGUGAUGGAGUACGCCAGUGGAGGAGAUCUGUUCUCACGCAUUACCACCAGGGGUAGACUCUCAGACCUGGAAAGCAAACUCAUAUUUUCCCAAAUUCUGGCUGCAGUUAAACACAUGCAUGAUAACAACAUAGUCCACCGGGACCUGAAGGCAGAGAACGUUUUCUACACCACCACGUACUGCGUCAAGGUAGGCGACUUCGGCUUCAGCACCUCCUCGCGCCCAGAUGACGUCCUCACCAGCUUCUGCGGCUCCACSCCCUACGUCGCCCCAGAGCUCUUCAAGGACAAAGGCUACGUGGGCCAGUCCGCUGACGUCUGGGCCCUUGGUGUACUACUCUACUUCAUGACUACUGCCAUGUUGCCCUUCAACGCUGCCAACCUCAGCCGGCUGAAGGUCUGCAUCCUUCAGGGCUCCUUCACCAUCCCAGCCUACGUGCCCGARCCCUGCCACCAGGUCAUCCAGGACAUCCUGAGACCUGUGCCCGCCGACCGCCUCUCCGUGGCUCAUAUCAUGACCUACACCUGGCUGAAGGGCAUUGAUUACCCCCASGCAUACCCCUCCUCCCGCCCGACCCCAGCCCACCUGGUCGAGCCCUCCCGGGUCCUGGGUACAGAUGAGCUGGAUGUCAAGGCAGCUCUGGCGGACCUGGGGAUAACAGAGAGCCACCUGGUGAACAACACCUGCCCAGACUUGAGGAGCCCUGUGACGGGUACCUACAGGAUCCUGCUGCACCGCAUCCAUAAGAGGAAGACAGUGGAGGCGGUGGGGUACAGCACUGCGUGUCACAAAGACUUCCAGGUCAAGAGACGCUGGAGCGAGGGUACCUUACCUCUGUUGAGGCCUUCUGCUGUGUGUGUAAUCAUGUAGAGGGGAAGGUGUCUAGCAAGUCAGACCGGGAGGAGCCAGUCAGACGGGGAGGAGUCUAGCCAGUCAGACGGGGAGGAGUCUAGCCAGUCAGAUGGGGAGGAGUCUAGCCUGUCAGACGGGGAGGAGUCUAGUCCUCAUCAGACUCACUGCUAGGACAACUGUAUAAAUAUCUGUGUGUCUUAUGAUAAGGAGCGGUAUUCAACAGAAGAAGGACCUUGAAGCGAAUGACACUUUUAACAACACAAGAGACUAAAUUAAAUUAACGAUAAUGAGAUGUACAUAACAGUUUUUAAUGGGUUCUCUCUGGUAAUGUCUUGGGAGCUACUUUAACAACAUGAGGUUGUACAAUCACUAAUAUAKUUGAGACUCAUUCAUGGAAGUUUUCUUUCUUCUGAGAAAGAAAGAGGACAUCGCAACGACAAAGGAUUCUUUGCCUUCAAAAAAUAUUUCCAUGUUUUUAUAUUUGGAGUAUUGUGAUUUAGUUUAGUUUGACACAACCCACAUGAAACAUAGUCAGUUGUAGGGUUACUUAUACUGUGAACGUUUUUACUGUGUAAACUAAACAAUCAGACAGUAUUCUUAUCUAAUAUAUAUUUUUUUGU